CAACUACAACAGCAACAACUGCUGCAACAACAGUCCCAAUACACACCAGCGCAACAGGCGGUGCUACUACAACAACAGCAGCAACAGCAGCAGCAACUACAGGCACAGCAACAGCAACAACUGGCCCUACAACAACAGCAACUGCAACAACAGAAACAACAACAACAACAGCAGCAACAGCAGCAGCUACAACAGCAGCUACAACAGCAGCAGCUACAACAACAACAACAACAAGCAGCUCAACAAGCUCAACAACAACAAGCUCAACAACAACAGCAACAACAACAACAACAACAACAACAACAACAACAACAACAACAACAACAGCAGCAACAGCAGCAGCAACAACAGCAACAACAAGCUCAACAACAGGCACAGCAGCAGCAACAGGCUAAGACCAAUGGCGUGUCUGGGAAGGAGUCUACCAGAUCGUCGAUUCAAAAGGAUACGCCGAAGACUCUGGUCAGUGCAGCUUCCAAAGCACAACUAACUCCGCAAAUUAAACACGAGCUUAUGCCGCCACCCACCCCAGACCACUACUUAUCG